AUGUGGGUAUACAUCGUUGUUACAUGUUGUUUUACAAUUUUUAUAGCUGCGAAAGUUCAGUACGAUGAAAAUUUUGUAAGUAAAUGAUAGUACUAGUAACUUUUUUUAAAUUUUUUGUUUAAAAAUAAUUUUAAUUUAAGAAUAAUUUUGUCAUAAUUACAUUUUUGUUGUAGAUGAAAGAAAUGUCAUCUAGGUCGGACAAUGAAAUAGAAUAUGGCUUUGACAACAUGCAACCCGCAAAGUAAGUUAAAUUUAUAAAAACAGACGAUGGGGUUAGGCCUAAAGUAAAAUAAAUAAAGUCUAAUGUUUUGUUGUUAUGAUAGUUACUGUGAUUUAAAAUUGUAUCAAUUUUAGACCAUAUGAUCAACGGCUAGAACUCAACGUUAGCAAAAUCCUUGAUUCAUUAAUUGCCAGCCACGAUAGGCGGAUCCGACCAAACUACGGUGGUAUGUUUUAUCGUUUCUCAGUGUUUUAAUGACUGUAAACAAAACUUCAUAACGUUUUGUUUAAUAAAAACUUCAUAACAUGUUUUGCAAAUCCAAGAGUGCUUUGUUUUAACAUGUUACCACUUUAGAAGCUUAUAUCAGUUAAGUAAUUGCUUACGUGCUUGCAAGUAUCUUUUACAACUUUUUGCAUAAAUAAGGGGGUAUAAACUAUUGUCACACCUUUUUAAGAAUUUUUUUUCAACACUGACACAAAUUUCCGCUUUCUUCAAAAAUUUUUGUGACAAACUGCGAUUUCCGUUCACAGUCUUGUACUUAAAAUUUCAAACAUUCAGCGCGAAAAGAAUGUUUCCAAGCCUACAUAGUUAAUUAUAUUGACGUUAAGGACACUAAGUGAUGGGAAAGUAAGAAGAAUGCCCCAGGGCAUUGUUUCGUUUUCCACAAAGAAGCAAAAAAUUGCUUUUCGAACAAAAGGUGACAAUUUGAUUGUGACGUUGUCUGUUUUGCGAUGUUCAAGAAGGCAUUUUGUGGUUACUUAAUUUGACUAGUAUUUGUUUACAGGUAACGAAAAAAUGGGGAAUUAAUUAGAUAGUUAUAGUAACCUUAGGGUAAAAUUUUUUGUACAAGCGACUUUUGAUUAUCUACCUUCUAUAAAUAUAAAACGAAACUCUGAUGUUUUGUUACUUCUUCAUUAAAACUGUUCGUUACUAAGCCUACGACUAAGCCUGAAACUACUCGAACUUUGUUGUUUUUCAGUUUUAUUACUUAACUUACUAAACUCAGGAGCUAAAGCUUGAAAAUUUUCAAAAUAUAUUAAAAUUUUUAACCUUUCUUUAAGAACUCAAUGAAUUAAAAAUUCUUUUCAAACUUAAAUUGUUAAGUUUUGCCUUUUUUACGCUUGCAUAAUUUCGAACGUUUUAGUCGAAGAACUAAAACAAAAGGGAUGUAAACAUUCGAAUACACUUAAAGAUUAACAUAACUUUGUGUAUAAACAAUUCAUUCUAAAAAUGUUUUACAUUUUUUGUCUAUGCACUGGCUUAGGGUAAACAAAUAGACGAUUGGUGGUAAAGAUAGACGAAAAAAAGCAUGACAAUUGACUUUCGUAUUUGGCAACAUAUAAAUAAUGGAGUAAAGUAAAAACCUUCAUAAUUGAUUAAUGCUAAUGUGGCAUAGAUAGAAACAUGUCAAAACAUACAAAAUCAGUGAUAAAAUAACAGAAAGUUUAAAUAAAAUGUAAAACUUCAAGAAUCCAUUGCAGGAGCUCCAACAGAAGUGAAUGUUACAGCACAUAUCAUUACCAUUAGUGCCAUUUCAGAGGUUACUAUGGUAAGUGUGAGUUUGUACGGGCGUAUAAAUGUCAUUAUUACAAUCAGGGCCGGGCGGGGACUUUUGGUCCGGGGGCGGGGGUCCAAAAAAUCGGCACAGGAGCUACCUGUGCCGAUUUUUUGCGAAAUUUUUUUUUCCGAAAAUCCACAGGAGGGGGCCACGUUCAAUUUUUUUUUAAAAAUUUUUUUUCUGGGGGUACACCCUCCGUCCCCUCCCCCCCCUCGCGCCCGGCCCUGAUUACAAUUAUAUACUUUUACUGUAGUUUACAGCAAAAGUUUUUACAAUUAGUUUACAUUUUUAUUUGGAAAGUGUAAAAUUUUUAAAAAAUAAUGUUAUUUUUUUGAAAAUCGUUAUUUGUUAAUACUAGAAUACGAUCAAAACACCCAAUAAUAUAAUGUCUAGCUCUAUAUAACCUUAGGAUUACACGAUUGACCUAUACCUACGACAAUUUUGGCGAGAUACUCGUCUCGCAUUCACUUCAGUUCGAGAAGACGAAACAACCAAAUUGACAGUAGGUAUUGACAUGGUAAAAAGCAUAUGGACACCAGAUACGUUUUUUCCGAAUGAAAAGAAAUCAUUCUUUCAUGAUACCACUUCUCACAAUUCGUUUUUGCGAAUCGACAACAGGGGGAACGUGAUGCGAAGUAUACGACUUACAGUCACUGCCAAUUGUCCUAUGAAUCUGCAUACGGUAAGGGGGGAUUUUUGUGAAGAUGCGGGAGUAUAAUAUUAGUCGCCGACACAAAGAACCCUCCAAUUUUUACAGGAAAUUACACUAAAAGUAUGGCGGGUUCUUUAUGUCGGCACCUAAUAUAUCGUAAAUUAAGUAUUAUUUUUUAAUCAUUUUAGGUCUAUGUUUAUAAAAUUUUAUUUUUCUGAUGUCAUAUACUUUUAGUUUCCACUGGACGAGCAGCUCUGUGCCCUUGAAAUAGAGGUAAGUUGUCUGGUGUAAUCGUUACCGUAUACAGUAAACAAUACUGCCAAAUAUUUUUAUAUGUUUAUAUUAGAUCUCCCAAGGGUUAUAUUAGACCAACUUUGUAUUAUUAAACUUCUAGAGCUACGGCUACAGCACAGCGGACAUAGUGUACCAUUGGCACCAUUCAAAGCCAGUGAUAAUUGACGAAAACGUUCAUUUAGCUCAUUUUACCAUUGAAGAUCACUUCCAUGUGGAACGUAUGAUAUCAUUAAGUACCGGGAACUACUCUCGUCUUACUACGUAUUUCAAAUUUAAACGCAAUAUUGGAUUUUAUUUGAUUCAGGUUUAUCUUCCGUCCUCUUUAAUUGGUAAGGGUUUAAACUUGUUAUUGUGAACUAUUGUUAAGAAGGCCGCUUGAAGAAUGUCGUAUUUUACCUUAGAAAAGGAUUUCAUAUUCUGAAACAAAAAGGGACACCGUAUUUUACAAUAUGUUAAAUUUUACAUAAAUAUAAGCAUAUUAGACCUUAAAAACCAUAUUUUCAGUUGUAAUAUCAUGGGUAUCGUUUUGGCUCAACAGAGAAGCUACACAAGCUCGUGUAGCUAUCGGUGUCACCACGGUGUUGACACAAACAACAUUGAUGACUUCGACUAAUGCCUCAUUGCCAAAAGUGUCAUAUGUCAAAAGUUUGGACAUAUUUUUGGGCGUUUGUUUCUUCAUUGGUAAGUAGUUUUGAAUGCUUUUUUAUAUGAAUAACUGUUUACUUUAGGCUUAUCAAUAGGCUUAGAAUAGAUAUAAUAGCUUUUAUAUACGUAUAUGUAUCAUAAGUGCAUCUUAAACACCUUUUAAAUACACUAUUGACGUCAAGACCAUGUUAUCCAUGUUGAAAACCGUGUUAUCCUUGUUGAUUUCAGUGUUCGCGAGUCUUCUCGAGUACGCCGCUGUUGGGUAUUUAAUGAAACGACAGAGGUCAAGUGUUUGUCGUCGUGGGAACUCGCAACUCGUUUACUACUACGAGUUUGAAGACCAGAGUCAAGUGCGUCUGGGCUCGACACGCGAGAAGCGGCGUGGGACCAGCUUCAGGCGGACGCAUAGUCCGGUAGGUUGGUUUAAAACAAAUUUAUACUCUAUUUUCAUUUAAAAACACGUUUUUAUGAAAAAAUUCUUAUCGUUCUGUAAGAUGAUGGAGGAAAAAUUUAAAAAAAUUGUUUGACUUUAUACCUAAACAUACGUCAAUUUUCCUAAUAAGACCACAAAAAUAUCUUAAUUGACCUUUUUAGCAAAUUCACAACGGUGUGGUAGAACAAGCGAUGCCUCUUAUCAACCUAUCUCCAACUCGAACUCACCCUCCAGUUGGUACUCGAAUGUCAAUGACAGAGACCAUCGAACCCGUGACCAAAUUCAUCGUCCGGCCAUCACAAGUCGACCUGGUCUCCAGAGUCGCGUUUCCACUGUUUUUUGUUUUAUUUCACAUAGGGUAUUGGCUGGUUUAUGCCAAUGUUUAA